CUGACCACAUCUUCCGCUGCCGUUCGGUACAAAGAGGAAGGCAGCUGCAGCAGAGACCAGACCAGACCGGCACCACUGGCGGCAGCAGCAGCACCCUCUUUUCUAGAGAUCCCCCCAGCAGCUGGCUUUCAUCUCCUGUGUCAAGCCCAGACGACCCCAUGGCUGUUGUCCCCCUGUAUCCGGAGGAGAUGAUGGAGCUGAGCAGCAGUUACAGUGAGAACGAGAUGCAGUUCUACAUCCCAGAAGUGGACCGGCCUUUCCUGACCAAGAAUGCCUUCCUGGACCUGAAGCAUUGUGCCUGCAGUCCUCGGGACUUCUCUGCCUGUGAAAUGGGCGUUCAGGUGGAGGUUGCAGAGCCGGCCUCGGUCAGAAGCUUCCGGAAGGCUGUGGUGAUUGUGGUUGCUGUUGGGAAGAUGAGGAAGAACACAAAAGCCAGGUCUUUCACUGAUGAGGACCUGAUGGACAUUCUGAACAGCAUUUUAGAGCCAGUCGAUUUGGACACCGACUGCGAAGGCACCUUUGCAGGAAACGGCACCUACCGGUUCACCAGAGCCAUCUCCUAUGAGAUCCAAGACCAAAACAAAAGGCACUUGGUCCUGAACCAGCCUGCGCAACUGGUGGCCAUGCAUCUCCAGGGUGCCAACAUCAGCCAUGCAGUGAGGCUAGAAAUGUCGGUCUACCUCCCAAAGAUGGAGCCGGGCGCUGUCACAAAUCCUGUGGCCUUGGGCAUCAAGGGGGAAAACCUCUGCCUGUCCUGCGUGCAGAAGGGCGAGAAGCCGGUGCUGCAGCUGGAGACGCAGAAAGCCAGCAUCCUGAAGGACCUGGACAGGGCUCAGCUGGGCCGCUUCCUCUUCAGCAGGAUCCACUGUGGGGGGCGCUGCACCCGCUUUGAGUCGGCCGCCUUCCCUGGCUGGUUCAUCUGCACCUCUGCCCAGGACAACCAGGCUGUGGGCGUGACAGACCAGCUCGGGGCGGCCACCUACACGGGCUAUGAGCUCUUGCGGUAGACGCUGCAGCAGCAGCCGGUUCGCCUGGAUCUAUUCCUGUGGGGCGCCUGGCGCCUGCCUCUGGCAUGUUGCACCGUGCGUUGUCCUCCUCCUCUGCAGGCAGGCGCUCGCCGGGGCCGGGGCUACGGGCAGGGCGGGAGGAGGCUCUCCGAGGAUCCAGCCCUCUCGGGAAGACUUUCCUCCCCUGCCCUCAGCAGUACCAGCAGCCGUGCCUGCCGGGGUCUGCUGAAAGCACAAGGAGACCCCAGGGGACAGGGUGCCGGAUCCGUCCCCAGUGGCCCAGCAUCCUGCUUCCCACACUGAGGGGAGCCUCGCAGGCAGGGUGUGGAGGCGGGCAGCUGGCUCUCCUCCCAGGCUCCACACCGGCAUCCUGACGGGCCUCAUCUCACGACAGGCUGGCCACCACGGCCACUUUCCAUGCAGAGUUCCCUGUAAGAGGGAUCACCAGAUGUUGAGGACAGACUACAACUCCCAGAAUCCCCAGCCAAAGGCCUUUGCCCCUGGGGAUUCUGGGAGUCGUAGUCAACAACACCUGGGAAUCCCUCAUACAGGAGAUCACAGCUGGGCGCUCUUGUUCAAAGGCGGGAGAAAAUCAUACUGUAGGUUAGUUCACUGGGGAAUACACCUCUGUAGCUGCGAAUAUUUAAUGGUUACUAUUACUCUUUUCUGUGAAUUGCCAGACACAGGUUUGUAAAUGAGUUAUCCUAUUUAACAAAAGUAUUUAUUGACCUAUCAUUAUGCUAUUUGCACACAGUCUACUAGAUGCUAUUGACUGGAUUUGUGGUUCUUUAGUUAUCGGGCGCUUUCCAAGUGUGGCCUCCUGUAGCUGAUGUGUUGUCAUUGUAUUUAUGCCCAAGGUGUCGAGAUGGUGUUCCAGUCCAAAGUAUUGAUUAACCUAUUAUUAUUAUUAUUGUUGUUGUUUACACAGCCAUACAGGUGUUAUUGACUGGUUUGUUUUAUCCAGACAUCGAGUCCUUCCCAAGGACCUGGGAUGACUGAAUUUUAUUGUCAAUGUUGUUGUUAUUGUUGUUAUUGUUAUUAUUAUUUUGCUGUGUUUGUGGUCAUGUUUUAAUAAACUAUUGACUUGGCACUGGA